AUGUCGUCGGUGUCGGUGUCGGUGUCUCGUCGUGUGCUGGCCUGGUGGGUGGCGGUGGCAGUCGUCAUGGCGCUGUGGUGCGUUCUGGCGGUGGACAGCAGCUCGUUGCCGACGUGUGAUGCUUUUGAUGAUCCGGUGGCAGAGUGGUCGGAAAGCCUUCCCUUUGUGGUGGGUGAGUUUGGAGAAGCAUCGAUGGUGUUGGCUGAUAUGAAUAAUGAUGGAAGCCAGGACAUGGUGGUCUGCAACUCGAAUAUGGUCGUCAUCUACUUUCCUGUCAGUCCCUCCAGUCACUUGCCUGGGCCAGAGGUCAUGAUCUCGUCCGCAACGUCGUCGCCUGCCUCCCGCGAGUGGACGAGCCUUGCUGUUGCAGAUCUGGAUGGAAAUGGUGGGCGUGAUGUGCUGUUUGCCGUCUCGAGCUCGCAGGACAUUCGUGCCGCUAUGAACGACGGCUCGGGCGGCUUCUCGGGCUCGUCCAUCAUCAUCCGUGCCGGAGCGUACGCCGCGGCUGCCACAGACCGUGUGCUGGCCGUCGCCGACAUCACGGGCGAUGGGCUGCCUGACGUGGUCUACGCGGACGGCGCGAGCGAGACGCUAGCGGUGUUGGCGCUCGCUACCCAGUCGCCGCUGGUGUUUAACCCUCCAGCGCUGGACGCCGCCUACACUGGAGUCACUGACGUCUCUGUCAGCGACAUGGCAGGCGAUGGCGGCGAGAAUGAGCUCGUUGUGGCACUCGGUAGCUCAGGCCUGGUCUGGCUUGCUCACGACGGAGCGAGCUGGUCCGAGGUCGCCGUCCAUGGCGGAGCCGCUUCUCGGGUAAUUGCCGGGCACGACAUGAACGGCGAUGGUCGAGCUGAUGUGAUUGUUGCCGACACACCAUCGGAUCUGGAGGUCUCAUGGAUUGCACAGGGAGCGAGCGGAGCCAGUCUGGAGGAUGGCUCGGUUCGAGUCGGCAACGAGGUGAAGCAGCUGAAAUUUGGCGCAACUUGUAUCGCCUCGUCCGGGGCUUAUCCGACGCUUGCGGUGGCCGUUGUGGACUUUGACAGCAAUGGGCGACCGGACGUGGUGACAACCUCGGCUUUCUACGGCACCACAGUGUGGAUAUCGCGAGGGGACGGACGCUUCUUUGUGCCGGAGCGAGUCGUCUCUUCGCCGUUUGUAGUGACCGCCAUGGUAGCCAACGACUGGGAUGGCGACGCCAUGUCGGACGUGGCAUGGCUGGGCGGACCUCUUAGUGACUGCAGCUCCUCAUCGCCGACCGACCGCCGCGGUAGCGCGAUGGCGGUGUAUGUGGACUUGUCGACGAACACCAAUCUGACUGCGGUGUCAUCAGCCGCGAUUGCGUCAUCGAGUGAUUGGCACAGCGUGGUGGCUGGCGACGUGACUGGCGACGGGCUCAUCGACAUUGUGGCUGUCCGUGGAGUGUACUCAAACACUGGUCAGCGGACAGUCUCACUGUUUGUAGGCCUUGAGGAUGGCGGCGUCUCCACGACACCGAUCGAUUUGAUGUCGGAUGUCGGGGAGGCAAGUGACACUCACACCUCUGUCGACAUGUUUUCUCGGCUCGAGUUGCAUGACCUCGAUCAGGACGGUGGACUCGACAUUGUGGUGUACGUACGCCGUGGGCUCUACCAUCCGACGGGGGCCUCUGUGGCUGGCCUGCAGGCCAAGGUCAUAUGGUCAAACGGUGACGGGACCUUUGACGCCGCGGCCGUCCCGGUUGGCGAUAUUGGAGGCAACACCGAUCCUGGCUUUAAUCUGAAUCCCAUGAAACGGAUACACCCGGACACCUUUACGCUCUACGACGUGGAUGGGGACGGACUGGUUGAUCUGACCUGGCUUGGGCUUGUGCAGAGCAGGAUGGGCGGGUUUUACAUGCUGACGGUGCGGAAUCUCGGCAACCGGGUCUUUGCUCCACCAGCGACGACCGGGUUGAUGGCAUGGAUGUCAGCUGUGGAUGCGUUUGGGCGGGGGCUGUCCUGGUCGCGGACGAGCGAUGGCCAUUUGCGCGGCUUUGGCGUCUCAGCUAACGAGGCCUACUUGUUUGUUAACAGUUCUGCCAGUAGUUCGGGCAUCCGCCACGCCUCGACCUACACGUUGGACACGUCUGGAGUGGCUGGAGGCAUGGGCAGCCCGCAAGCCGUGGAAAUGCUCGAUGUUGACCGUGACGGCGUGGACGACAUCGUGCUAGCGAUGGGGGAUGGGGCAAACGGCGCAGUGGUGUGGAGCCCGUGGCCUGGGCUUGAUGCGAACUUUGUGUCGCCGACCAAGCCAGCGCUCUCAUCGUUUUCGUUGCUCGCCGCCGGGACGCUGGGCGUUCGCCCCACGGCGCUCGUGGCGUGCGACGCCGACAACGACGGACGACGCGACUUGCUGGUUACCUCGCAGCGGCCGGGGACGAGUGUUGGCCUCUAUCGCAGUGUGGCGGUCCCGGCCGGGUGGUACUUUGAGUACGAGAUGCUUGUUGCUGGGCCUGCGAUGUCAUACGACGUGGCGAUGUCGGUCUUCUCGGCAACGUCUGGCUCGUUUGGAGUUGCCAUCGCCGACAAGAAUGGACUCCAUCUUGCACACCUCCCACAUCAACGGAUGAUGCUGACACUGGAUGCCAAGCUGGCGAGUCCUGAGUAUCAAGUCCCCGGCUGCGUUGGCGAAUACUCAUCGACUGCAUGUUUUACGCAGACUGUGGCGUUGAGAACCCGGAAGUGCGCGUCGUCGGACGUGGCCAUGACUGUGUCGGCCGAGCUGCGUUGUCCGGCGCGUCAGUCACUUGUGCCGCCCUUUGUGGGCAAGCUCACUGUGACCGGCCCGGCUGACAUUGUGUGCGACGGAUCGUUUGGACGUGUUGCCGACGUCGGGGAGGAGGCUCGCCUUGUGCUCCAGGAGCUGACGAUUCGCGAUGCGCUGCCUGCGGCGCGGCAGUUUCAAGAUGUCACAACGACAGGCGUCAUGUACGUCCACGGUGCCAGUUCCGAACUCCGCAUGGAGAAUGUGACGGUGCAGGGGAUCCAGAGCAAGGCCGGAGUCGGAGCAGCUGUGGUAGUGGGCGACGACGGCAAGGUAGGAGCAAGCCGCUGCGGGUUUGUUGCCAUCCGCUCCACCGGCGGUGGCGGCGUGGUGGCACUGGUGGGUGCGCGUGCAGUGGUUGAGCUGGUCGGUUGCAAUGUGACCGACGCGGCGGUGAAGACCGAGACUGUGAGCCGCGCAGUCCUUUUGGGCGGAGGCGGCGUGGUGCUCGUGGAUGGCAGCGAUGCGGACGUUGUCUUGAGUGAGACAAUCGUCCGCGAAUCGCAUGCGCCACAGGCCCGCGGCGGCGUGUUGCUGGUGACUGAAAGUGCGACGCGAGCACGCGUGAGCCUGAACGGAGUGGUGAUGUCCGAGACGUCUGCCUUUGCCGGUGGCGCGAUUGCAGUGACGGUUCCUGAUGUCGGCGUGGCGGCGUGGCCUCAAAUUGUGCUUGACGAGCGAACGACAGUCUCGUUUGCGUCGGCUACGUACGGCGGCGUGGCAGUGAUCGCCGCCGAGAUGCACAUGCCGUUGCCGUCGUACCGGACGACGCUCGAGUUGGCGAUGGGAGUCAGUGCCAGCCUGGGGCUGGGCGCGGAAGCCGUCAUCAAUGCCAGCAUGGCUGCGGUGGGAGGCAGCGCCCAGUACGGAUCGAUUGUGUUUGGAUGCGGUGCGCCGAGUGCGUGGGCAAGUGGUUUGGACUCGUAUGGCGCGGCCUUCACAUGCUUGGCAGACUCACCGUCGCCGCCGACGUGGUGGCACGACGGCAUCGAUGCCAAUGCCUCGGUCACGGCUCCCAAGUCUAUGGCUGUAGCGGCUGGCGUCGGAAGUGUGGCGUCCGGGCUCAGCUUUGGGCGCGGGAGUGUGUCGUACGUCGAUGGGUACGGCAAUCCGGUGCGGGACAAGCUGCUUCCGCUGCAAGUUCAAAUUGUGGGCGAGAGCGGGGCGGAGCUGACCGGAUUGGGAUCUGGACUCUUGCUGGCAGAGGGAGAGUCGACGGUGUCGCUUGCAGGACUGGCGCUCUCGCUCCCGCUGGAUCGACUGGAAGCUUCGGGCGAUGCCGGGAUCAGCGCGAGCCUGACGGUGUUCGUGUCGGGAGGUGACACAUCAGAGCUGGAAGCAACUGUUGUAGUGCAGGUAACGCUCUGCCCACCCGACUACGGGCGGAUCUCGCCGGCUCUGGCCAACGCACCGCUGCUGUGUGCGCUGUGCGUGGGGAGUACCUUCUCCAGCGAGCUCACAUCUGAUGAGUGCAUGACGCCAGCCGAGUGCCUGAGCAACGCGGAGCGCGGGCUCUUGUCUGUGGCCAAUUGCUCCGAUGUGGUGUUUGGCGAGACUGAUUGCGUCUGCCUGCCGGGCUUCUACACUCGGAGCGGGAGCAUCAACAGCGAAUGUGAGGCGUGUCCGUCCGGCGGGGUGUGCUGCGGCUCGAGUGCGAGGCCGCGGCCGCUGCCCGGGUUCUUUGAGAGCGAGCCGGGCAAGUUUGUGAGCUGUCUGCGACCGGCCGCGUGCGCGCCCGAGGUCGGGCAAGUGUGCGCCAUUGGGUACGAGGGCUACAUGUGCAACACGUGUUCAUCGGGCUACUACUCGGAUCCCGAGGGCCGAUGCCGCAAGUGCCCGAAUGCUGCCACAGGCCUGCUUGGCGGCCUGGUCGCGAUGGUGGUAAUUGGGGCACUGGCAGCUGCCGGGGCGGUGGUGUUUACGGCGUUGCGGGCGAUGCCUGCGGCCGAAGACGGGCGCGAGAGCGACGGCAGCGAUGACGAGGCGGGCGUACUGCUGCUGGACCGGUUCCGUCGCCGACCUGUACCGGGGACGCUGUCGAUGGCGCUUGUUGCGCUGCAGAUUGUGGGCAUUUUCUCGGAGGCGCGGUUCUCGUGGAGCUCGUCAUCGCAGGCGGCGCUGUCGUGGGCCAACGGGCUCAACGUGGACCUUUCGUUCUUUGCGUCCGAGUGCUCGAUGCCGUGGUUCCACACGCGGUACGCGCUGUCUGUGCUUAUUUUUGCGGUCUUCUUUGGCCUCUCUGCGGUGUUUUUGGCGGCCGCCAAGGCGAUCGGCCGGUGUCUGGGACCUGCGCGGGCGGGGCAGCUGGGUCGAACGUCGAUGGUUGCCAUGAUGGAAGCGGUGAUGUUUGCGGCGGCGCCGCUGCUGUACAUUCCGAUGGCCAAGGCAACGCUCGUGCUGUUUGAUUGUACCCAGCUCCCGAACGGGACGUGGGUUGUGGACGCCGACCCGUCGGUGGCGUGCUUUGAUUCCAAGUGGUUUGCGGUCCUGCCUGUGGGUAUCAUUGGCGUUGUGAUGUACGUGCUCGGGCUCCCGAGUUUUGUGUUUGUGGCGCUCUUCCGGAGCCGCGGCAGGUUGCAGACGAGCGAGUGUAUGGCGCGGUACGGGCCGCUGUACAAGGCCUUCCGGCUCGAGUACUGGUACGGUGGAGUGGGCGAGCUCGGCAAGCGACUUGUCAUUGUGACCAUUGCUACCUUUGCAUCGAGGCACCAGCUGGUGCAGCUUGGCGGCCUUGUGGCUCUGCUCGUGUUUGCGAUUGUGUUUGUCAAGCAGAACGCGCCGUACGUGGUCCCGCUGCACAACGAGGUCGACGCGCAGAUUUCGCUCUGCCUGGUCUCGAUGCUGUUCUUUGGCGGGGCAUCGUACGCGAACCGCCAUGCGGAGUCGCCGUCUCGGGUGGUCGAGGUCGGAACGUGGGCAUGCCUGCUGGCUCUGGGCAUUGUGGUUGUCCGGGCCGUGGUUCUGGACAUGCGCGGGAUUGUAGCCGCACGGUCGGAUCCGACCCGGCUGAGGCGCGAGCGGUAUGCCCGGCUUGUGCGGACGAUGGAGGGCGAGAGCCUCGAGCUUGGCCCGGCGGCAACCGACGCGGUCCUUGAGUUUGCCGCGCGUGGGCCGAGCAAGGACAGUCGCGGAGUCAUGCUCGAGCCGAUGACUGGAACCGUUGUCGACGAGGGAGAAGACGAGGUUGAAGGAUGUUGA